GUGAACGUUCGCACAUCGAAAUGUUAUACAUUCUGCUGCUUGCACUCUUGACCAUGUCUCCCAUAUCCACGGAAGUCGCCCCGGAUCCUAGUAGAGCUAAGAAACAAAAACACAGAAGUGACCAUUCAGAUAAAAACGCAUGGAAAAAAGAAUACGAAGACGAAUUGAGUAGAGCGAUGCUUGCAUCGAGAAAACGCGACAAUUAUACUAGAGUUGUGCAGUCAGCUAUGAUGUCAGAAAACGAGGCUGUCAUAGAAAAGAUCAUGGAGUCGAUCACCACAAGUGAAAAAUAUCUAAAGAAAAUCGACAGCAUAGAUUUCAGACUGAACAGGCUGGACAUCGAAGUACACGAGAAAACCAAUAACAUAUUGAAAUAUCUAGCGGCGCUGUCGAAAUCAUUGCAAAGUCAAUUGUUCCCAGAGAAGUUGGACACUGCAAUAGAUCUAUUAAAGACAGAUAUAAGUUACGUGAGAGCAAAAUUAGAAAAAACAUCGCAAGGAGGUAUUACUCUACCCUAUAUGGAUACUGGCGUAUACAGAUUGGAAUCCGGACUUGACGCCCGUCUUAAGUUCGUUGAAGACCAUAUAAAGGGCAUCAUGGCCAGCGUUGAGUCUAUUUCAGGAGUUAUUUCAGAAGUAAAACAUCGACAGAACAGUAAACUUUAUCACAACCGACAGGAGUCAGGCGGCGGAUUGGACAGCUUGUCAAUAAUAAGUGAGUUUAGAAAAGCGCUCCAUGAACAGAAACCGAAGAAAUGUGAAUGCAAAAUCGGUCGGAUGGACCGUAAUGAGAGAUAUCCUACUGACUGUCAUGAAAUACAAAUUCAAGGGUUCAAUGUAUCAGGCAUCUACAAGAUCAAACCAGACGAUAUUGAUCCGUUCUAUGUUUUGUGUGAUCUUAGCACCGCUGGUGGUGGAUGGACGGUAUUUCAAAAUCGUUACGACGGCUCGCAAGAUUUUUACAAGUCUUGGUCCGAGUAUAAGUAUGGCUUCGGCAACUUGGCGGGCGAGUUCUGGUUGGGCUUGGAGCAGUUGCAUCAUCUCACCAGUCAGAAGCUGUACGAGCUGAGGAUCGAGCUGGAGACGCAGCACGGGAGGGACGGCUUCGCAGGAUACUCGGUCUUCACCAUCGCACCGGAACAUGAAGGCUACAGGAUAAGCACACUCGGCUCCUUCCAUGGAUCUGCAGGUGACUCAUUAUCAUACCACGCCGGGCAGAAGUUUUCGACGUACGAUGCGGACAACGACGAAUGGAAGGAGGGGUCCUGUGCCACCGAACAUGGCGGCGCCUGGUGGUACAAAGAAUGUGACAAAAGCAACCUUAACGGCAAAUAUACACUAUCUGCGGAGGAGCCACAAGGUCAGAAUAUGUACUGGAUCUCGUUUAAAGCGCCUGCGGUGCCGCUCACCAAGUCACGGAUGAUGAUACGUCCCCUGCCAGCAAGUCGGCCACUCGACUACAGCCAGUAUCCCAGGAAAAUUUUAGAGAGCACCAAAGUAAAACCGUCAGAAGAACAGCAGAAGGGGCUUCGGGCGAAACCAACGUUCGAGGGGGCACAUAUAAGGAAGCCUUACCGGUAUGAAGGGCACACGCGAGAAGAAGUAUUUUUCCCAAAUUAUUCGUAGACAUAUCAAUAGACAAAUGUGAACAAUGCAAUAACUGUGGCAAAAGUUCAACUAGAAAUUGUUACAAAGUUUAUUCGAUGUCAUAACGCAAUCUGUUGUGAAUUCAUUUAUUGUUCAAAUUAAUCAAGAGACUUAUUCGAGUGAGAAAUCAUUAUAAUUAAUGUC